AUGGCCGCCGCAUGGAAAGAAUUCAAGACUGCAAUGAAAGAAAAAAAGAAUAGCAAAAAGACAAGUAAUACAAAAAAGUUCGACUGGAUUAAAGAUGAAAUUGUGGUGCAACAACUUUCAUCUGAAGUUUGUGGUAAAGCACAAAAGUAUUCGAGGAUGGGACCGAGGGUAUUUGUGCCCUUCCACUACGACGAGGUCACCUUUGACAAUAUCAAGGCAGCUUGCGAGAGAUUCUUCAAGUCCAAAUUGAAGAAUAAUACAUGCUGCGAUAUACUGGCAAGGGAGCAAGGGCCAUCAUGUCAAUCGCUAGAGCAAAUCCCCAAUCUCAAAGUAAUCCAUUUGAGGAUUAUUGAGAAAGCUGAAGUAGAUUCGCAGACACAGUCACCACAGUUGGAAGUCCACUCGAAAGAAAAAUCUACAAGGCCAAAUAUAAAUAGAAGACGUACCCAUCCAAUUUCCCUCCAACCACAACAAUCUGCACGAUCAACCUCUGUUAAGUCAAGUUGCACUUUCCCAAAAAGUUUGUCUGUGGUGCAUAUGUUGAAACUGGGCAAAGUGAUAAAAGAAAAACCAUCCACCAUUAUUGAACUGUCAAGUUUUGAUAUAAAUCAGAUGGAGUGGUCUCCUGAAUUUUGUUGUCUUGAGUUUGUUAUAAACCCAGUGGUAAUCGGUGUCGGGGGCUUUCGUAAAGCAUUCUCUGCAACAAGUCGUCGAGAUGACUUCAACACUUCCACUUGGGUAGUCAAGAAGUAUUUAGCAAAUGCGUUGGAGAAUAUUAAGGCGACAAAUCAGACUCCCGAGCAGCACACAAGGAAGGUGGUGCAAAUGCACCUACUUGCACGAAACUUUGCCAAGCAGCUCCAGCAAGAGGUGUGCAAGCGAAAUAAUGAAGAGGUGUAUGGUGAGUUUAUGUCUUACAGCAAUAUUUACCUGGGAAAGAUGGAUGAUGGUGAAUUUGUUACUGUUGAAGAGUUUGUUAAAGGAAGCUUUGACAAGUACAUCAAUAAUGAUGGAACUCUUUGUGGCACUUCAACCUACAUCCGCAUGAAAGCUGAGAGCUUGUCUCAUUAUUCCUAUGUGAGAUCCCAUGAGAAGCUGAUGGUGGUUGAUAUCCAGGGCAGCAGCCAUAAGUUAUUCGACCCGGAAAUUGCCUCAUAUGAAUUGCAGGAGGAUGACGAGUACCUCUUUUCAACAGGAAACAUGACAUUCAGUGCAAUAACCACAUUUGCGAGAGAGCAUAAUUGCAGCAUUUAUUGUGAACUUGUUGGUUUAACAGAAUUUGAAAAUACUCCUGAAUAA